CUCGAUUCGAAUUUUUAUUUCUGUUAUGUUUUAUUUAUUUAUUUUUUUGUUACAGGAUGCUCUAGUUCUGAUCCGUCCUGCUUAAAAUGCAAUUUAAAUGGUUGCAUGAAAUGUCCGGAUCUAAUACUGUACCCGAGUAGGAAAUGCGUAUUAACCUGCCCGUUCGGAUACAAAGAAGAAUGGAGUACAAAAUUGGAUUUAAUGGGAAGAAUAUGCGUGCCUGUCGAGAAUUUAAUAUCGAAUUACGCUUUAACGAUUUUAGCAGGGAUAUUCUGCGGAUCUUUUAUAUGUUUUUUUAUAAUCGGUUCGGGAAUUCUUUAUUUACAAUACCAAAGAAAAAAAAUCAUGAAAGAACAACAAAGUGAAACAAACUCCGACGUUGAUGACUCAACAUCAACCCCGGAGCGGAAAGAUUUUUUAAAACAACUCGAAUUAUUAAGACCUUACACCAAAACUUACUUACAAAUGCUAAAUGAUACUCGAAAACAAUUAAGAGAGACGAUUAAACAAGAUUCGAUUAAUUCAAUGGGUGAUUUAUCAGCAACCGCGGUUUAUCGCCCCGUUUUAAGAGAUUUAGCCAAAAUUUUGUUGCUUCUAAAUCGGCCAAUACAAAAAAUCGCGAUCCCUGAUGAUUGGGAACAUUUAUUAACUUGGGCUGAACAAGCUUUAAAACGUUAUAAAAGAAUGAGUGAUAUUUCAAAUCAACCCCAAGUCGCGCAAUUAAUUAAUUUUUUACAAGAAGCGCCAUCUGUUUUAACAAGUAGUAAUGAAAAUAACGAUUACGUUGCGAGGGGAAGUACCAAUAUGUCUACUUUUAAACCGGAGAGGGCGCCAGGUUCGAAUUUGAGUUUAAAUAAUUUAAGUUUAAAUAAUUUAACUUCGAAUAAUGGUAAAAAAAGUUUUGAUGGGACGAAUUUUUUGAAUCCGCAAUGGAAAUUCGAGUACAAUAUUAUACAAAAUUCGCAGUUCAACCCGGCUCAAUGGAAAAAUAGUAAAGAAUAUUUAAAUAAUCCGUAUUAUUUCGACGACGAUUUUUGCCAGCUAGGGUUUCGGCCCCAAGAUGAAAUCACAACCGAAUUGUGACAAUAAAUUAAUUAAUGUACCCGUUUUUAAGAAAAAACUAGUCAUUAGAUUUAUUAGUUAAUAUUACAAGAUUUUUUUGUACCUUUUUGUAAAUAUAUUAUUUAUAUC